AAACGAACAAGCCCGAGUAAUAAGAGAAAUUCUCCGAUGCUGGUGAAUAAUAAAAGAAAUGGGGAUAGUUAUGAAAAUAGCGUAAAUUGGAUUGUGUUCGAGUGUACGCGGUUUCUGAUUGAACAAUGAACGCUGGUCUAAUGCGCCGCAUUGCUUGUAUAUGGGAAACAGAAAGGAUAAAAGGAUGAGGUUUUGAAAGGGAAAUAUUUGCAUUUUCCAUCUUUUUUUCUGAUGUAAAUUUAACGCCGUUUUCGUUCUCUCGUCUGCAUCGUGAAAACUCGCAAUCUUAAGUGGGUGAGCAGAGAGAGGAAGAGAAUUAUCAUUCGAAUAACCUCAAAGCCACGGUUUGCUGCUGCGUCUGGACUGGGGGAUCUCGUUAAUCAUAGUCAUUAGAUGGCCGUGAACAGUCGGCUUUGUAAUUCUACUCUAUGCCAGACUACAUCAACUUAUUCGCAUCUGUUUGAAAACACCUCUCCAGCAGCAGCGUUGUUUAGCGGUUUUACAGGCCCGUCUUCGAGAGGUACACCCGGGGGUCGAGUCGUUCUCUUCUUGCUCAAUACACGCUGAUAUAAUAAUAAUCACGGCCGCUGCGCGCGUGAAUUAAAGCUGCAGUUCAUCACCUGUUGGAAAGGUAACGGCAGCGCACGCUGGUCAGAGAUCAGCGUCGAGGCCGAAGCGAGAACCUUACCGAGUCCAAGUUGUCAUGGUUUUUGCUGAAAGGAUCUGCAUGCUGGAAAAAUGAACAGCUUCACCUGCUGAAAUCAUCAACCGAUAUGGAGCACUUGGUGGUGCACACCUGGCUAUGGAGCUGCCCACUGGAUCUGCUUAAUGCGCUUGUUUGUUUUUGAGCACUAGAAAGUGAUUGUGUCAAAGCAGAGAGCGUCACUGAGCUACAGACAGAGAUUUAUCAGUGUGAACGUGUGUGCUGUUAAGAGGGACCAUGUGGCAUGCACAGUCAGCAACUUAUUGGCCGCUUACCCACCUGCUCUGCCGACCUCUGAACUUUGCACUGUGUUGGCUUCUUGUUUGGUUGAUGUGGUCAGUCUCCAUGGUGACAGCACUCACCUACCAGCCCACAGUAAACACAGCACUUGGCAGACUAAGGGGGAUGCGGGUGGCUGUGGCUACGGAGGGUCUGGGACCUGUUGAUCAGUACCUGGGUGUGCCUUACGCUGCCCCACCUGUAGGAGAGAAACGUUUUAUGCCACCUGACGCUCCGUCGGCCUGGUCCGGCGUACGGAACGCCACCCGCUUCCCUCCUGUCUGCCCACAGACCGUUCGUAAUGCAGUGCCCGACAUCAUGAUGCCUGUCUGGGCCACGUACAACCUUGACACAGUCGCUACGUACCUGCAGGAGCAGAGUGAGGACUGCCUGUACCUUAAUAUAUAUGUACCCACACAAAGCGGUACAAAGAGAACGGGUGACAUGUCAGCUGACACAGAGCGUUCAGAGGAUGAUGGGCUAAGGGAUUCUCGAGAUGACCCACGUCCUGUGAUGCUGUUUAUUCAUGGUGGCUCGUACAUGGAGGGCACGGGGAACAUUAUGGAUGGUAGUGUGCUGGCUAGCUACGGCAAUGUCAUCGUCAUAACCCUCAACUACAGGGUGGGGAUAUUAGGGUUUUUAAGCACAGGUGACCAGGCCGCUAAAGGGAAUUAUGGUCUCUUGGAUCAGAUUCAAGCUCUCCGCUGGAUCAACAAGAAUAUUGGCUAUUUCGGCGGUGAUCCGGGCCGCGUGACCGUGUUUGGCUCAGGAAUCGGAGCAUCCUGCGUCAGUUUGCUCACUCUUUCACACCAUUCUGAAGGUUUGUUUCACAGAGCAAUCAUUCAGAGUGGCUCAGCACUGUCCAGUUGGUCAGUGAACUAUCAGCCUGUGAAAUACACACGUCUCCUUGCAGAGCGUGUUGGCUGUAAUGUCCUUGACACACAAGAUCUGGUCCUCUGCAUGCAGAAGCGUAGCUACAGGGAGCUGGUGGAGCAGGAAAUUCAGCCAGCACGCUUCCAUGUGGCCUUUGGCCCUGUCAUCGAUGGUGACCUCAUCCCAGAUGACCCUGAAGUGCUCAUGGAGCAGGGCGAGUUCCUUAACUAUGACAUCAUGUUGGGCGUUAACCAGGGGGAAGGAUUCCGCUUUGUAGAGGGCGUGGUGGAACCAGAAGAGGGUGGAGUUUCUGGCUCGGAUUUUGACUUCACGGUAUCCGAUUUUGUAGACGGUCUCUACGGUUAUCCAGAAGGGAAGGACACUCUCAGAGAAACCAUAAAGUUCAUGUAUACAGACUGGGCUGAUCGAGACAAUCCCGAAACUCGUCGUAAAACCCUCGUGGCCAUGUUUACGGAUCACCAGUGGGUGGAGCCAGCUGUGGUGACGGCUGACCUGCAUGCACGUUACGGUUCUCCGACCUUCUUCUAUGCAUUCUACCAUCACUGCCAGAGCCCCAUGAAGCCUCCAUGGGCGGAUGCCGCACAUGGUGAUGAACUGCCCUAUGUGUUUGGCAUUCCACUUAUUGGUCCAACAGAACUCUUCCCCUGCAACUUCUCCCGCAAUGAUAUCAUGCUGAGUGCCGUCGUCAUGACCUACUGGACCAAUUUUGCAAAGACCGGGGAUCCAAACAAGCCAGUUCCUCAGGACACUAAGUUCAUCCACACCAAGGCAAACCGUUUUGAAGAAGUGACAUGGGCCAAGUACAGUCCUCAUGAUCAGCUAUAUCUGCAUAUUGGGCUGAAGCCUCGUGUCCGGGAUCAUUAUCGAGCUACUAAAGUGGCCUUCUGGAAGCAUCUGGUACCUCAUCUGUACAACCUGCAUGACAUGUUCCACUACACAUCCACCACCACACGGGUCCCACCUCUUCUGACCACACACAGUUCCCACAGUGCCACACCUCGCCCGGGGGGUAAUAAGGCUCGUACCCCUGGUAAACAGACCCCCCAGUCCACAGCACGCAGUGGGCCGCUGGUUAUCGCAAACCCACGCGAUUACUCCACAGAGCUGAGCGUCACGAUUGCCGUCGGAGCUUCGCUUCUCUUUCUCAACGUCCUGGCCUUCGCUGCGCUCUACUAUCGCAAGGACAAACGGAGCCGUCAGGACACGCCCCCUCAGCCCGCACAGCGCCAGACCCCGCCCAAUGACCUCAGCUACACGCCCACCUCCAUCUCAGGGGGUAACCAGGAGGAAGAGUCCCUGUGCAACCCUCUCCGUCUGACCCCUGCAUCAUCUCCGCGGGAUUAUGCCCUCACGCUCCGCCGCUCGCCAGAUGACAUCCCACUCAUGACCCCCAGUUCUGUCGCAAUGACGCCGAACAGCGGCACUAUGACACCCAACACGGUCACCUUGACGCCCAAUAGUGUUACAAUGACGCCCAACACCAUUACCAUGUCACCCAAUUCUUUGAUGGGGUAUCCCAGCAUGCACCCUUACAACACUUUCACGCAUGGAUACAACUCCACCACCCUGCCUCACCCACACUCCACAACACGUGUAUAACAUGCAACAGAAACUCCACACGCCGACACGCAGCACCCACAUCCCACAAAUCCUUAUUACUGUAAACCAGAUCAAGCCGGUGCAAACUGUUCACCAGUAUUCAAAAGUAUAAUAGCAGGUGAACCCAAUUCAUAACAUGAGCACAAUCACCUAGAAUGAAUCAGUUUGGCCCAUCAGUAUAAACUAGAAGGAAGAGUCACCGCAGCACACUAACAUUAAGAGUUCAGCUCAGUAUGAACGCACUGCUUCAUACGCGUCUGACUUUUGUCAACUUUCACGUUAUAUGACUAGUUAAGAUACUUCUGUGUGGAAUAAGAUGGGAAAAUGGAGCAGUUGUAGUACCGCUGCCUCCUCUAGGUGGUGAAGAAAGACUCUUAACAACCCCGCAGGUGGUUUGAUCCGCAGGAACAGUAGGGGGCGCUGCAGUCCCAUCAGUGGUUCACCAUUACGAACCAACCAAGCACUUAUUCUAAGAUAUGUAAUAAUAAUAACCUGUAAUAACAAACAUAUUAAUGGCUAUUGUACAGUAUAACAUAUAUUAACGUCAAUGUACAGACAGCUUUUUUGAAUGUGUCAGAAAAAUAAUAUUUCUAAUCGUUUUUAAAAUCAGAUUAUAUCCAUAGCAAGGAAGAUUAUUUGAAGCCCGAUUGAUUUUGAAUCCAUUUUUUUCUUUCUUUAUAAACACAAAAAUGUACUAUUUUAUACCACAUCUCUCUCUUUUUUUCUCUUGCUUUCUGUCUUUCUACCGCCCCCCUCUAUCUAUGAACGUUGUGCAUUUUAAUUGUGGUAUAAUCUCUUCAUUUAGUUGUAGAUUACGCAAAUGGAUCACACUGAGUAUUUUAAAGAGCAGAAUGCGUGCGACGAUUAUUCAUGAGCGCGAGAGAGCGGAUGUGAAAAUUUUUCAAGUGAAGCAUCUUUAAAUCAUUUGUGUCUUGCUAAAUGUUAUCAUUUUGUGAAAACGCUUUUCGAUUAUUUGAAAUGUGUAUUGUAUCUGAGUUUGUUUUGUGAAGUUGAUUUGAAAGCAUUGCGUUUCUUUUUCUGUAUUUAUCAGUGGUAUGACGUCACUCAUGCAGUAGUAUGACAUCACUCAUGCUGUGAUAUUACAUCACUCGCGCCGUGACAGGACAUACAUUGCUGAGAAUUUACGAUGUUAAUCUUUUCUAUAAAACAUGAAUGUGGUGAUUUGUACUGAAUACAGGGCUUCUCUGAAGGUCGUUCUAAAAGAUUGUGUUUACUUACUAUGGAGCUGCACAGAGUUUGCACAGGGGAUACGCUCGUGUAAUCAUGGGGUCAUAUCCUGCCAGAUGGUUAGAUUCUCUACGUUGCCCAUACUAACCAGCCCACCAUGAGUUUUGCGAUAGAGUUUCCUUGGUAACCAGCAACGUGUUUGUGUGAAAGUGCAACAGCUUUAUAAAAAAGAAUUUGCAGUAUUUACUACCAUUUGAGUUCAUCUGGACUUUAAAGAGGAAACACGAUGGCAAAUGAAGCGUGGAG